UGGAAAUAUGAUCAGUUUCCUAUUAAGCUACGUUUUUAUCAAGAGUACUUUGGCUCUAGCUUCUCUAGAACUUGAAACUACGAAAAUAGAUUGCUCUGCAAAUGGAACCCUGCAAAAGUGUCCCAGUCCCUGCCCGGAAACUUGUGAAUUUCUGAGCGCAUCCUGUUUCAAUAAGUGUGGUGGCCCUUGUGUCUGCAAAGAGGGCUACAUAAUCGAUCCAGAUCGCAGGAUUUGCGUUCUUAAAUCGGACUGCCCAGCUAGUAUGAGGCAGACCACUCUGCGUAGGCACUAUCCUGUGAAUAUUGAGUACUUUGGUUCCUACAUACUGUUUAACCUAACGGAUUACAAGAGUAUCGAACUGAAGAUACCCAAAGGGUGAAAAUAUAAUAUUAUAAAAAAUUAUAAAUACGGAAUAACGUUUAUUAAAUAUUUGCGUUCUUGAA